AAUAUUCUUUGCGAAAUUCCCCGUUUGUAAUAAAGGUUAACAUGGCCAACACUCCAGCAACGUCGUCGAGCAGCGCCGGACCCGUGCUGCGUGGUCUGCACAAUGCUACCAUCAAGCGUAAUCUGGCCGUGGCACUCGGUCUGACAGCUGUCGUCACGGUUGCCUACAAACUGCUCAUCAACGAUCCCAAGAAGGCCGCCUAUGCUGAGUUCUACCAGAAAUAUGACGCCAACAAAUCCUUUGAGCGCAUGAAGGCCGCUGGCCGUUUCCAGUCGUGCUAAGCGAUAAGUGGAUUAGUCUAAGACAUAAAGUGUGUUACUAUCCUGUAUUGAAAACUAAAUAAGAUUUCAAUUCCGGUU